GUACCAAACUGCCGUCUCGAAAGUUGGUCUCAGUAUAUGUCCCCCUUUUGAUGAUAUAUGAGCUUGCAUCCGAAGCUCUCACGGUCAAAGGUCGCCAUGCUUUCAAGAACCAAAAUGCCCCCAAACAUUUACAUCGUAGGUGCCCAAUGCACUGGCAAGACCACGCUGGUAAAAGCUCUGGAGAAACACUUAUCAUCCCAGGAGAUCGACGGAGUUGAUCGAGGCCAGAUCACGCCACCAACGAUCAUCACUGAGCUUGCGAGGACCAUCAUGAGGCGCCAUGGCUAUGAUCGUUACGACAUCACCUCAAAACCGGAUCGCGCUUUCGAGCUUCAGAAACUGAUUCUGCAAGGUCAGGCUGAGAUAGAGACGAAACUGGCGCUGGACAAGGCAGGAUGGUACAUUUCAGAUCGCUCCGGUAUCGAUCCCCUCGUCUACACCAAGCUGUACCGCGGGAACGAUGGCAUCGAGGAGCUGAUCAAGUCAGAGCCAUGGCAGCUACUCAAGGAGAAGAUGAGACAGUCAGUUGUGAUUGUUUGUGAAGCUGGAUGUGACUGGCUCGUUGAUGACGAGUUCAGGGUCAUGCCUAAAGAUGGAACAGAUGAAUGGAUGCAAUGGCAUUACGCUUUCUUGGAGCUUUUGCGGUCGCAGAGAAUCGACUAUCACGUCAUUCCAGCUUCAAUGAAGAGCAUUGAUGAUCGCGUCAAAGCGGUGUUGGCAUUCUUGAGUGGGUUUGAGGAGAAGAGAAUCCCGCGGAUGGAGAAAUGAAUCGUUCUGGAUGAAUGGAUGACAUGAAGUCAAAGGAAGCGCGGCCGCACAAGGUUUAGUGUCACACUGCUGAGCUUUGGGGCAACCAUCAAUAGAUCCAUUCCCAAAUAGAGACCAAUCAUUACGAUACUCCCAGU